UUUCUUGGGUCGAUUGGUUCGAGUUUUUGUCUCGCCUAAAUAAGAAGCUUUGAUAUUUGUUUAACGAAAAUGUUGUUUCGCUACGAGAGUUUAGCUUCGUUUUUGGUUUGUGUUGAAGCUGUCGCGGCUUUGUAUAGCAGCGAUGUCAAGGUCUCUCAACGGGAUUUCUCUUCAAGACAAACGACUAGCUUAGGGGCUAUCACUGUGCGUUCUGCGGAACAAAAACGAGGCCUUGCGAAUUUUAAACCAAAUUUGGAGUGUACUCAUCAUUAUGCUGAUCAUGAUUCCAUAAUUCGAGGAGCACAUUCGAGAUUUGCAUCCACAUCGAUGAAAUAUAAAUUACCUACAGUCACUUUGGAAGAUAUCGAGCUCAACAUCAAGAAUAUUCUAUGCUCAAAGUCGACCAUCAUUGUUGAAUUCCCUUCUGCAAAUUUAUUAGCAGGGGCAGAAAAAGAAUGGAAAGAUUUAUCAGAGUUCUUGGUCAUUUCAUCACAUACCGGAUGUAAUGACCGGAAUGCGCGGGCUCCAUAUCUAGUGUCUAACGUGGAAUACAUUCUCAAAUCCAAUACCGCAAUCCUCUCCGUGCAACGGAUUGAAUGGAACGAUGCAUAUGAUACGAUGGAAGUAAAAUUCGGUAUGGGCAAAUACGACCGUAGCGCCAUUCGUAUACACAGUGAUUUGCGCAAAAGAAUUACUUCGACGGUGUCAGUAUCAUCUUCAGAAACUUUCUCUUUUCCGUCAGCGCCAUCAGCAACACCAACCUCGGAUACAUCGGUUCAUGAUAUUGGACAUGUGGUACCUGCGGGAUUUACUCUCGGAAGUUUCUCUACUUCGAAUGAUGGUGCAGGAGGAUCUUUAUCAAUAAGUUGUGGUAAUUGUUCAAUCGAAGGUUCAAUCGAAUUGACUCAGGGUGUUUUCAAUGUUAGCAAAUCCUCUCACAAUACAGAGAAAGCAGUGAACUUUGUAGAGCAAGGUUAUUUCGACAUGGUAGUCAAUGGAUUAGGUGCCCAUAUCGAAAUUGAUUCCGCGGUUGCGGGAACAUUUACAGAAACUUUCACUGUGGAACUUACCAGAUUGACUUUACCGGGUUUCCAGAUCCCAGAUAUUGCCGCAAUAGGUCCAAUGUGGGUUCCCGCAAUUCAAGGUUCUAUCGGUGUCUCUAGAAAUCUAAACUUUACUUACGGUUUCGACGUUUCCGUCCCGGAUAAAUCCUCCAUUCGACUUAACAUUGGAAAUCUAACCGAAUCAACUUCUUCUGGUUUUAGCGACUCUGCCAUCACCGCUCUUCCCCUAACUGCGACUGAUCCCUCUAUAUCCUUAACUCUCUCCCUUGCCCUUCAUUCUGAAAUACUCCUCGGUGUCGACAUAUUAUCAGGCAAAGGUUCCAUAGCCGCCGGAGCCUUUCUCGAUCUUCCCGCCCUCUCCGUCACAAUCUCCGAACUCACCUCAGUAGACGAAAAUUGCAAUCCGGCUCAAAGCUCCUCCUCUAGUGUCAAAGAUCUAGACUAUUUUUCCUCUCUCACAAACAUUGUUCCACAAGCAGAUAUAGCGAUAGGACUUCAAGCCGGUAUUCAAUUGAGAAUUCCAGAUCUAAAUUUUGUGGAGAAUGUAGGGACGACGGCUACGCUUGCUGGAACGAGUAUGCUACUUCCGACGCAUUGUAUGAGUUUCGAUGGCGGGAAGAAGGAGUUUGUUACUCCGGGAGCUACCGGAAGUUCGAGUUCGAGUUCGAGUUCGAGUUCAAGUACCGGUACAGCGGGAAGUUCGAAGAAAUCGAAUGCGGAGAAAAUGGUUUCGGUGCCGGUGGUGGGGAGUGGAGGAUUUGGAGGACUGACUUGGAUGGCGGGGUUUCUGGGGUGUGUGGUCUUCGUGGCGUUGGGAUUAUGAUGAUGAUUUAAUGAUUCUUAAGUUUUGGGUAAUGAAGGGGAAAGAAAAUUCGAUAUGAGUUUGUACUCAUAGCUCAUGUCACUAAUGAAUAAAGUAGAUUGAAUGGGAUUUGACACAUAGAUUGCUGUCAUGAUUGAUGGCUGUUAAAGUAAAUGACAUUCUAAACAAGGAAUUCCGACCAAAUUGCGCAAU